CGCGCCUGAGAUGGACGAAUCAAAGCAAUCGUAACAAAAUGUAUCAGCCAACCAAAUUCGUCAUAACAAAAAGCGGAAGUUGAGGUAAAAUUCAAGAUGGAGCAGACUGUGAACUCGUUGGAGUCGAUGUUCCAGAAGGCAGAAUCAGAUUUGAACUACUUAUCGAGGAAGAUAGACUUUGAGCUUGGACAGAAAAAUAAGGCAAAUCCUGCUCAAUUGAUUGAAAAAAUCUCAGAAAUCAAGAAGGAAUAUGGUGAUUUGGUUAAGGAAGCAGCAUCUAUACAGGAAGCUCAAAAGGAAGCGGUGGAGUAUUUCAGAACACAGUUGAUGGCAGCGUGUCAGUUACUCCAAGCUCUGCAGCAACAGACUGGAAAACAGGAUGGGGAGAGACCAGAGGAGCUUGACAGAUUAGAAGCCAUUCUAGGUAUCAAGUUACCUAGUAGUGCUGACAAACCGCUGGCUGAUGGUGGAGGGGACACGGAGGAGGAGGAUUCAUCUGGCACAAGUACCACAUCUCCUGAUGUACAAGUGGAACAAUCUAAACCAACAGUUUGUAAAGCAGUUUCAGAACCACAGUUGUCACCAGCAUCACGGCGUGCAGAUUGUUCAGAGUGUCAAGAUAUCACACAAGAGGAAUUUGAAUCUGUGUCAGAACUUGUCAGGGGCCGAUGUAAACUAGCUGAUGUCAAUGUUGUAUAUCGUGUACUCUGGAGGCAUUUUAAAGAAGAAAAUAACAGUAAGCCACUUAAUCCGGGAGAGAUGUUCAAAAUGGGUUUGAAGGUGUCCGGUACGACAGGAGAGGCAAAGCUGAAGGUUCUACGGGCAUUGAAACUCUGCACCAUAUCAGCAAAGAAGGAAGUCAAGCUAACAUGAACAAUUUAAUAUGUUGAAUGGGGCCGACUUUUAUGUCAGUGUGAAACAAACUCAAAUCUGUGAGAAUUCUAUUUAAUGAGAUCUUUGGUGAACCUGGAGGUUCAGCGGUGUGAUGUGAGUAAGUUCAGCCAAUAUUGGGUUAAACAACUCCCAAUUGCAAUAGCAUUCAGCAGUGGAUUUGAACUACAGCAAACAAAAUGUUUGGCCAAGAUGUUUUGUGAUAUUGAAAUAACAUUAUUUUAGUUGGAACUGGGUUAUCAGUUUGAAAGAGGCAUGUAGUGUAGAUGGAUUUUAAAGUUUGCAUUUUGGGAAAAUUUAUACAUAUACAUAUACAGUAUAUGAUGUUCAUAACAGAUCAUUUGCAUAUUUAUAUACGCAUCCAAACAUACUUUACAAUAGAACAAGAUUUGUCGUCACCUGUGUGAGUAUUGGAGGUAAGAUCAUUAUACAUGUCUGAUGAAACGGACUGGAGCAAUAUGUGCCAGUUUUUCUGAUACUUUCAGAAGAAUUUGAAGCUGGUAGACAUGAACCCUUUCUAAGCAGAUGUUACAGGGUAUAUAUGGAUGUUCAUUGGUGCAGAAUAAAAUGCACCAGCGGUACCUGAUAGUCAUGAUGUGUUCAGGCAUAUUUGAAUGAGGGACCAUCAAUUGAGAGUGCUGGACAUUUGAAGAAAAAAAAACAAAAAAAGUACUUAAUAUAUUAAUCAAAUUCAUUAUUGGUGAGUUUUACAUCUACAUACUUCUACCUGUCAAAGGUCCCUGUAGAGUUAAAUGGCGAUCUAGUUUGAUGAAAUAUUGGAGUCAAUAAACAUUUCAUUAUUAAAACCUAUCCUCCUUUCCAAUACAUACUACACAAUAUUUUCUUUGCUAUAUUUUGUAAUUAACUGAUCUGCCCUCUCUCUGAACUUAUAUUUACACUGUAGGUUAAGUGCUAAUAUUGUGCAAUAUGGGUUACCUACACAAACACUCAGUUACAUGCAGCUACCAUCCCUUACAUCAGCUACCAUCCCUGACAUCAGCUACCAUCCCUGACAUCUUCUAGAUACAACUGUUAGUACAGCAAUACAUUAGCACAAUAUAUAUAUGUAUAUCUAUUUUCUUUGUGCAUAUGUGCUGUCAGAAUUUGCAAUUAUCACCAGGAACAGAGAUAGGCAUCUGUUCAUAGAGGAAAUAAAUUUUACUUUGAAAUGUAAUUAAUUUUGUAAUUACUUUUAAUGUUGUUUUACUUAAUGUUGACUUGUACAUACCGGUAAUAAUGUUUUAAUAUUUUUGUAUACAUCGAGUUGAUACUAAACUUAGUGGAUGAGAAUAGCUCAGUGUGUAUAUAUCAUCAAACACUAUCAGUAUUGUUGUUGUAUGGAGUAGUCUGGUAUUGUGUGAGCAGUAGUGUUUUAUUAAACUAUUAUGAACAUUGAAUGCCUAUAAUUAUACAUUAUACUGCCAUCCAUAAAAAGAUAUAUACACAAUCUUUUGACUUGUUGAAAUAUUAUGAGCGCAUCACUUGACUUUAAUUUUACAAAUUCUUAAAGAUAAUUGAUUUGUCAAUGACAAUUGCAGAUUUUUAUGAAAGUAACCCACCUCACUGAAGUUUCAGGGAGGGUCAAGUUAGGAAUCUAUACUCCAAAAAUGCAUUUUCAUUUAGCUGUACCACAACAAUACACUAGAAAUAUCCCUCCCAAAAUUUUUGUUCAGUGCAUAGUGUAUAAGAACUAAUGGAUGGCAGUGUAAGUAUGAAAAUGAUCAUUUAAUAUAGGCAUACUCGUGCAUUAUACGGUGUACUUGAAAAAGGAAUAAAUGACAGAAAAAACAACCUUA